AUGGCUGGUGGCACGCAAAAUAAGGAUGGAGAACCGAGUGCUAAGCGUAAGAGGAUUCCAAACAGCUUAUAUCACAACGAGAUGUUCAUUGUCAUGGAAACAUCUCCUGAUAGAAUGAAACUGAAAUCGAGAAAAACUGAGCCUAUACCGGAGCAUGUUAUAGCACAAGGGCGUAAAUCAGCGGAGAAAAGAAAGUCUUUGGCAAACUUCGAUACCACCAAGAAAAAAAAAAGUUACACAGCUGAGGAGCUUCCAAUGAAAACUUCGGUCAAAGCUGCAUCAAUUGCACAGAAGAAACAUCAUGAAGAGGAUAGCAAACAGUUGAAAAAUACACCGAAAGUUGCACUUAAACUUCCACAUAAGAAGUUUAGUGCAGUGGUUAAGUCGGAACAAGAAGAUGUUGAGGUCGAGAAAAAGGUUAACGUCAGUAGGACGAAGGCAGAAGAAGAAAGCAUGCAUGUACCUGCCGUCGAUACUUCUGAUUCCGAUGAUUCUGAUUUUGAUGCGGGAAGCAAAUUCAAAAGCUAUGAUGAUUUCUGUAACUCCUUCGAGUGUUGGAAACUAAGGAAAAGCCAUAACUUCCGUGUUGCAUCUUCCGAAACAUUAAAGAACAUUGAUGGCUCUGUUGAUCCCAAAUGUCGAUAUAGAUAUGUAGUUUACCAAUGUGUUCAUUACGGACAGCCCAGAAUAAGAGGGACCGGAAAACGACCCAACCAGACAUAUCUGCCAUGUGGUUGUUCUGCCAUGUUAAGACUUGUAUAUAAUUUCACGGAAAAAGUUCUAGUUAUUAGUAAAUUAAUUACCACUCACACGGGGCACGAUGGUAAGAGCUAUGUGGAAUGUAAUUCCCAAAACCGUAGACAGUACUCUCGAGCUGUGAAAAAUGAAUCGCCAAGUUCCCCAAGUGAGGUGUUGCCGGAAAAUUCGUCAUCCAAUGAUAUAAACAACGCAAACUCUCCUAGCUCUGGAGAAGAGAAACCUGGAAAGAUGACUGAUGCUCUUUACUACCAGCAACAACUCCAGUUAAUGGCAGCUCUCUUGCCACCAACUAUGGGCUCACCAAUGUCUACUGAUUAUUCAGCAGUUUUUAAUAAUUAUAAUAUACAAAAUGUGGCAAAUCCUGAUACCAUUUAUCGACCUCAACCCCAAUACUCAUUGAGUGCUGUGCAUAAUUCAGCCUUCUCCCGAGUACAACCUCUAAGUACUUCAACGACUCCAAUGAAUGAUAAAGAGAACAGCACCCAUGUAUCAACGAAUUUGUCAAUGAAACAUGAUGCUCCAGAAUGUGUUCAUCCUCAAGCAUUAUCAGUUGUGGAGAACACAACUUGGGCGCCUCGAGAAUAUUCCGACUUGACAGUCUUAUGA